AUGUGCCUUCCACCUGCCUACAUGGGCGACGAAGCCAUGAUGAUGGCAGGCAUGGGCUACGACGGCCAAGACAUGGCAUACUACGGUGGCAUGACCAUCAUGUAUGACCCCAUUUCUGGCUGUGGUUGGCCCAUGUGCAUGCCCAUGGACAUGUCGCAGGCUCAUAUGGGCGACGACAUGGCGCAGUGUGAAAUGGUAGCAAUGGAUGGACAAGUCCUCAUGGACGCUGGUGAUGGAACAGCGCCUGGCGAAGUAGACGCUAUGUGGGCGCAGGACCCCAGCGCCAUGGAGACUCUUUGCUGCAACAUGGAGGCCGACGGCACGAUGAUGCCGGAGGAGACUUUGAAUUGGGCCAUGCCCGAGCCGCAGGAAGAAGCGCAGCAGGACUGGGCCACAGAGGCCAUGACAGCCGAGCCGAAGGAAGCAGCAGAAAGCAAGGAAUGGGGGGAAAAGGGAACAGAUGGCCCCUCAUCUUGGGAGGACACACGGAGCUCUAGGCACAGCCGCAAGAGCUGGCGAGACUCAGAUGGCUGGGAGGACCACCACCGUCACAAGGAUGACAGCGCCAAUUCCUGGGAUAACUGGGAUUAUGGCUGGAGGAAGGGGGCCCGUGGCUCCCGGCGUUCGCAGCGACAGGCAGAAGCCUGGAACGAAGAUUGGUCGCGCUGGCACCGAGAAGAGCGCUCCGAGCCUGUGCCCACUGUGCAGGAGGCGCCAACAGCUGCGACAGCAGACGAGCCGCAAGCAGAAGGUAGCACCACUGCCAGCAGCAGUUCAGACAGCCCAGGCGCGCAAGCUGUUCCGGGCGACUCAGGCUACACAACCGUGAUGCUGCGGAAUAUCCCCAACAAGUACACCCGCGAGAUGCUCGUGAAGCAGCUCAACCAGGAUUUCAAAGGGCGAUUUGAUUUUGUUUAUUUGCCCAUUGAUUUUAAGAACAAGUGUAAUGUUGGCUAUGGCUUCAUCAAUUUCCGUACAUCAGCAGCUUGUGACGAGUUCAUUGCGAAGUAUGAUGGGGUCGACGUCCGCAAGUGCCUCCCUGGGUUGAACUCCAAGAAGGUUGCUGGCGUGACACCUGCUCGCGUUCAGGGCCUCGAGGAGAACGUCCGGCGCUUGCGAACAGGACCCGUCAUGAACGAGCUUGUCAACCAUCCAGAAUGGAUGCCGCUGCUGCUAGAUGAACAUGGAGAGGCCACGCCCUUUCCCAUGCCAGAUCAUCCUGCCCCAGCUUGGGCCUUGGCCUACUUGGAGGUUUUUAGCCAAAAGUAG